GUCAGCCACACCCCCUCAGCCUCUGGAGGUCUCUCCCGCGCUACUAGGCGUGUGUCUCGCGUGUGUCUGUUUCGCUUGGGGGUCUUCGUCCCACCCGCUGUCCCUCUGCUCCGCUUCAGCCACUAUCUUCGGGGAUCGGGCGGCGCGGAGGCCCAGUACGCGCCGCAAGAGCUCGGGAGCCGUGGUCGGAGACAGGCGUGUGCCCGGACGGACUCCAGGAGGCUGAACGUGGCCUGGGAGGCGAGGGUGGACUCACCACUGUUUGGGGGCCAGCGCGCUGCAUCAGGAAUUCCCCACCAUGAGAAAUCUGAAGUUACUUCGGACCCUGGAGUUCAGGAAUAUUCAAGCUCCGGGGGAACCCCGGUACUUCUCCCUCCGAACCGAGCAGGGCACGGUGCUCAUCGCCUCCAAGUGCAGACUGCUGGAAGUGGACCCCGCCACCAGAGAAGUGAGAAAUGAAGUCCCUUUAGUGCCAGAAGGCCUUCUGUCGGAGGAUUGGAGCGACUACGUGGUUGGUAUUCAGGACUUGCUGGAUCAGGAGUCUGUGUGUGUGGCCACGGCCUCUGGCCAUGUCACACUUUGCAAUCUCAACACACACGAGCUGGAAUGUGUUGGGAGUGUAGCCAGUGGCAUCUCCGUCAUGAGCUGGAGUCCUGACCAAGAGCUGCUGCUUCUUGCUACAGGUCAACAGACCCUGAUUAUGAUGACAAAAGACUUUGAACCAAUCAUGGAACAGCAAAUCCACCAGGGUGAUUUUGGUGAAAGCAAGUUUGUCACUGUUGGAUGGGGCCAGAAGGAGACCCAGUUCCACGGAUCAGAGGGCAGGCAAGCGGCCUUUCUGAUGCAAAUGCUCGAGCCUGCUUUGCCCUGGGAUGACCAUAGACCACGAGUCACCUGGCGUGGUGAUGGACAAUUUUUUGCUGUGAGCGUUGUUUGUCCAGAGACAGGGUCUCGGAAGGUCCGAGUGUGGAACCGAGAGUUUGCUCUGCAGUCAACCAGUGAGCCCGUGGCGGGACUGGGCCCGGCUCUGGCUUGGAAGCCCUCGGGCAGUUUGAUCGCAUCCUCGCAGGACAAACCCAACCAGCAGGACAUCGUGUUUUUUGAGAAAAACGGACUUCUCCAUGGACAGUUCCCUCUUCCUUUCAUCAAAGAUGAGGUUAAGGUAAACGACCUGCUCUGGAACGCAGAUUCCACUGUGCUUGCCGUUUGGUUGGAAGACCUUCAGAGGGAAGAGAAUUCCGCUCCAAAAUCCUAUGUUCAGCUCUGGACGGUGGGGAACUACCACUGGUAUCUCAAGCAGUGCCUGCCCUUCAGCGCCUGCGGGAAGAGCAAGAUUGUGUCUCUGAUGUGGGACCCGGUGACCCCGUACCGGCUGCACGUUCUCUGCCAGGGCUGGCACUACCUCUGCUAUGACUGGCACUGGACAACUGACCGGAGCCUGGGAGAUAGUUCCAGUGACAUGGCAAACGUGGCUGUCAUCGAUGGACACAGGGUAUUGGUGACCGUCUUCCGGAAGAGUGUAGUUCCGCCUCCCAUGUACACCUACCGCCUGCUGCUCCCACAGCCUGUGAAUCAGGUCACGUUCUCUGCACACCCUCAGAAGAGUAACAACCUCGCUGUCCUCGAUGCCAGCAACCAGAUUUCCGUUUAUAAGUGUGGUGAUAGUCCGAGUGCGGAUCCCACGGUGAAACUGGGAGCUGUGGGUGAAAGUGGAUUUACGGUUUCCCUUGGGACACCUCACCUGGAAAAGAGAUACGAAAUUCAGUUUGAGAAUAGUGAAGAUCAAGAAGAAGUAAAUCCACUGAAGCUCAGCUUUCUCACUUGGAUCCAGGAAGACAUCUUCCUGGCCGUGAGCCACAGCCAGGCCAGCCCGCGGUCUGUCAUUCACCACCUGACCGCGGCCUCUCCCGAGACGGACGGCGAGCUCGGGCAGCUCACUGUCAGUUCGUCUGUGACAGUGGAUGGGGUGAUAAUCAGCCUGUGUUGCAAUUACAAGACCAAGUCAGUGGCGUUACAGCUGGCUGGUGGCCAGAUACUUAAGUACCUCUGGGAGUCCCCCUCUGUGGCUGUUGAACCCUGGAAGAACCCAGGUGGCGUUCCUGUUCGCUUUCCUUAUCCGUGCACGCAGACUGAAUUGGCCGUGGUUGGAGGGGAGGAAUGUGUCCUUGGUCUGACUGACAGGUGUCGCUUUUUCAUCAAUGACAAUGAGGUUGCUUCGAAUAUCACGUCGUUUGCAGUAUAUGAUGAGUUUUUAUUGUUGACAACUCAUUCUCAUACCUGCCAGUGUUUUUGUCUGAGAGAUGCCUCAUUUAAAACAUUACAGGCAAGUCUGAGCAGCAGUGACGUGCCCAACGGGGAGAAUCUGCGGAAGGUGGAGAGGGGCUCGCGCAUUGUCACUGUCGUGCCCCAGGACACGAAGCUGGUGUUGCAGAUGCCAAGGGGAAACUUGGAAGUUGUUCAUCACCAAGCCCUGGUUUUAGCUCAGAUUCGGAAGUGGUUGGACAAGCUGAUGUUUAAAGAAGCAUUUGAAUGCAUGAGAAAACUGAGAAUCAAUCUCAAUCUGAUUCAUGAUCACAACCCGAAGGUGUUUCUUGAAAAUGUGGAGGACUUCAUAAAACAGAUAGAUUCUGUAAAUCAUAUUAAUUUGUUUUUCACAGAAUUAAAGGAAGAAGACGUCACGGAGACCAUGUACCCUCCGCCAGUUCCCGGCCCCGAGCGGCCGCCCAGGGGAACCGACGGGGGGAAGGUGGACCUCGUCUGCGAUGCGAUGCGAGCAGCCAUGGAGAGCAUAAGUCCUCACAAGUACCUCCUGUCCAUACUCACCUCUCAUGUGAAGAAGUCCACCCCGGAACUGGAAGUCGUGCUGCAGAAGAUCCACGAGCUUCAAGGAAGUGCCGCCCCUGAUCCUGAUGCUGUGAGUGCUGAAGAGGCCCUGAAGUACUUGCUGCUGCUGGUAGACGUCAACGAGCUAUACGAUCAUUCUCUUGGGACCUACGACUUUGAUUUGGUCCUCAUGGUAGCUGAGAAGUCCCAGAAGGAUCCCAAAGAAUAUCUUCCAUUUCUUAAUACACUCAAGAAAAUGGAAACUAAUUAUCAGCGGUUCACCAUAGACAAACACUUGAAACGGUAUGAAAAAGCCAUUGGCCACCUCAGCAAAUGUGGACCCGAGUACUUCCCAGAAUGCUUAAACUUAAUCAAAGACAAAAACUUGUAUAACGAAGCUCUGAAGCUGUAUCCACCGAGCUCGCAGCAGUACAAGGAUGUCAGCAUUGCCUACGGGGAACACCUGCUGCAGGAGCACCACCAUGAGGCAGCGGGGCUGCUGUUUGCCCGCUGCGGCGCCCACGAGAAAGCCCUUGAUGCCUUUCUGGCUGCUGGCAGCUGGCAGCAGGCGCUCUGUGUGGCAGCCCAGCUCUCCCUGAGCCAAGACCAGCUGGCCGGCCUCGGCAGAGUUCUGGCAGGGAAGCUGGUCGAGCAGAGGAAGCACAGCGAGGCAGCCACGGUACUGGAACAGUACGCCCAGGAUUAUGAAGAAGCCGUGCUCUUGCUGUUAGAGGGAGCUGCCUGGGAAGAAGCGCUGAGACUGGUAUACAAAUACAACAGACUGGAUAUUAUAGAAACCAACAUAAAGCCUUCCAUUUUAGAAGCCCAGAAAAAUUACAUGGCACUUCUGGACUCGCAGACGACCACUUUCAGUCGUCAUAAAAACCGUUUGUUGGUGGUUCGAGAACUCAAGGAGCAAGCGCAGCAGCGCGUGCAUCUGGAUGAUGAGGUGGCCCAUGCCCGAGAGUCUGACCUCUUCUCUGAAACUAGCAGUGUCAUGAGUGGCAGCAACAUGAGUGGCAAAUACUCCCACAGUAACUCCAGGAUAUCAGCGCGGUCGUCUAAGAAUCGCCGCAAAGCAGAGCGGAAGAAGCACAGCCUCAAAGAAGGGAGCCCCACGGAGGAGCUGGCGCUUUUGGAGGCUUUGGCUGAAGUGGUGCAAGGUGCUGAAAAGCUGAAAGAUGAAAUACGCUGUAUUUUAAAGGUGCUCUUUCUCUUUGAGUUUGAUGAGCAAGGCAGGGAGUUACAGAAGGCCUUUGAAGAUACUCUGCAGCUAAUGGAAAGGUCCCUGCCAGAAAUUUGGACUCUCAGCCACCAGCAGAAUUCAGCUACACCUGUUCUGGGCCCCACGUCUACUGCAAACAGCAUCAUGGCCUCUUACCAACAACAGAAGACGUCAGCUCCUGUUCUCGAUGCUGAGCUUUUCAUACCCCCGAAGAUCAACAAAAGGACCCAGUGGAAACUGAGCCUUUUAGAGUGACGGAUCCUGUUCAGGAGGGCCCUGCCAGAGAAGACCAUUUUCUUUCCACUCCUCACUCCUCGAGGCCUGGCUGCCGAGAACCAGGAAGAGUAAGACGAUGCUCUACCUGCUGUAGCAUUGCCGAGAGCUGCUCUGUCCAGCAGACCACUGGAGACGCCAAGCAAUCCUAUUCUGUUUUCUUUUGUUUUGCAUAGAGUUUUAAUUAGCGAAACUGUAAUCUUUAACCAGUAUAGCAUCAUUGUGUAAGAAUUACUGUUCUUUUAUGUAGUACUGUUGAAGAGCACAUUUCUCGUAUUUAUGGUGAUCAGGAGAUGGAGUUGCAUUCCCAGUUACAUGUCUGAUUCAUAUUGGGACCUUAGACAAGUCACACAAUGAACCUGUGCCUCAGUUAACUGGGAAUAAUGACUCAUGGCUUCUACCUCAAACAUGUGAAGAAAAGUAAAAUCAUGUUUUUUAAUUGCUUUGUGUUCCUGGAGGGGAGAGCAUUCUAUAUAAACAACAUGGGUGUUAGUACUACUAAUGUUUGGCACAUCUAAUCACUUGACUUUUUCACCUUGAACUAAAGCAGAAUAAAAAGCUAAAACUA